AUGGCAUCUCGUUCGGAGUCCCCAGAAUUCUCUCCUCUGGCGUUUGGAGAAGAGCUUACAGCAGUGCCCGCUUACAAAGCGGCCUCCACGACCUCGAUCAACUUCUCCAGUCUUCUGGAGCCCUCACUUGAGCUCCACGAAGACCUCAAAUCAGGGUGCGGAGGUCAAUUAUGGCCAGCUGGUGUGGUGCUUGCUCAACAGAUGCUACGUUAUCAUAGAGAUGCACUGAAAGAUGCCCGAAUUCUCGAACUUGGAGCUGGGGGCGGCCUCGUUGGACUUGGCGUGGCGAUUGGGUGCAAACUCCACCAUACUCUCUACAUCACGGAUCAAGAGAACAUGAUGGGGCUCAUGCACAAGAACAUCGAGCUGAACAGGCUGGAAUUACGUGUAAAGGAACUCGUUUUGAAUUGGGGUGAUCCUUUACCAGAGGAAGUAAUUAGAGAGAAGCCGAAUCUCAUUUUGGCCGCAGACUGCGUCUACUUUGAACCAGCUUUCCCGUUGCUUCUUACUACCCUCGAGGAUCUUCUUGAGCUUUGCAACGAAGCUGUCAUCUACUUUUGUUUCAAGAAGCGGCGGAGAGCAGACAUGCAGUUCAUGAAGAAUGCCCGUAAAAGAUUCGAGGUCGAGGAAGUCGAGGACCAAGACAGGAAAGUGUUCUCCAGAGAGGGAUUAUUCUUGUACUCCUUCAAACGGAAACCAUGA